CACAGCAUUAGAACACACAGCCUGAACCAACAAGCCACAUGCUUUCUACUUUUCCAUAGUCAACGUAGUAAGUUUAGUUUGUUUUAGUGGUGCAAGAAUUAGAAUGAACAAGCCCAAAAUUGUCAGACCAGAGGAGAGUCAGCCAGCACAUGCGCUGUGGUUUGACAGAAAGAAAUAUGUCACCAUCAACUUCAAGGUUCAGAAACCUAAAGAUGUUCAGGUUGAUAUCCAGUCAGACAAACUGAUUUUAUGCUGCAAAAAUGACACAGAUGACGUGUACUACAAUGAGCUGUACUUCUACGACAAAGUCCAAAUCCAUGACUCCAGAGAAAGAGUGUAUGACCGCACCAUCAAUGUGUUGCUGAGGAAGAUGAAGCCUGAUUACGCAUGGCCUCGUCUCCAGAAGGAUGCUGCUAAGGCCAGUUGGAUUUCUGUGGACUUUGAUAACUGGAGAGACUGGGAGCAUGAAGAGGAUGAGGGAAAGGAAGAGUACGAUAGAUACAUGGACAUGAUCUCAGAGAUGGCUACCGGCAAUAAAGGAGAAACACCGGAUAUGGGUGAUCUCAGUGAUUCUGACUGAGACUCACUGCCUCCUCCUCUGUGUUCACUGAAACUUGUAAUAUUUGCUGAUGAUCUGAUGUGUUACUGUCCAAAAUACUGUUUUAUGUAAUAUUUUCUAUGAGAUUAUUUAUUGACAUAUUUUUGUGCCCUGUACGCUGACGUAUCAUCGCCAGUUUUAAUAAAAUACAUUUUAUCAACCAUGAUUUGGUGCUAUAGUGCUUGGGGUAAUAUAUUUUAUGUUAACAGGUCAGUGAAUAAAAGGUUUAGUGACAAUUGAAGAACAUUUCUCUUAGUUUCAUCAACUCCAGAAGGUGGCAGUGAUUCAGCAGUAAGGAUGCUGCCCCCUUUCAUUCAUUCCUCAUUUUAUUCUAUGUGCAGAUGUGUUAAUGCACUGACAACUCAUUUAAUUACAAGAAAUGCUUUAAAUGCUCAUGAUACAUCAGCAGAUUAUAUUUCAUUUAUAUAACAGUGAGUCAUGGUUAAUGAUGUUUUAAACCACUUUAGUGGAUGGUGAUGGUUUGAUGUACCCCAGGUUUGAUCAUUUUAUAUACACUGUAUUUUGUAGUAGCUUGUGUAAUAAGUUCUAGCACGUGUUCAUAUUAUAUAUUAAUACAUGUCUUGCAUGUUUUAUGAACGUUGUCCUAAAACAAAAUUAUAUCUCUGAACAAUAAAAAGUAUAAAC